GUGGUGAAUUGGUCGCAAUGGCGAGUGCUUUUGUGGUGAAAAUAUAUUUUCAUCAAUUUUAUCGAUCCGAAAGUCAAAAAAGUGUGAAUUUUUGGAAAUUGUAGUGCAAAUUGUGGGUAAAAAGUGAUGUGGUAGUGUGCACAAUGGAGUGUUUUGUGUGAAAUUGCGUUGGCAUUGUAAAUAGCACGCAGGAAAACGAGCACGAUUGUGUGAGAAGAGAGAGAGAGAGAGUGAGGAGAAGAAAUAAUUUUUGAGACAAAAGGAAAACAGAUCCGCUACUAAAAUUUUGAAGUACACGCUGGCCACGGAGGAGAUGGAUACGUCCGAGGAGGCGAUCGAGAUGAUUGAGGAUGCCGCCAUCACGGGCGCCUCGGAUGAUGACGAUGGGAGCCCCAGUAGUCCCGAGAGCGCCUAUGAUGACGGCAAGGAUCUCAUGAAUAUCGCCAUGGGGGACGAUGUGACGGCGCAAUUGGCAGCAGCUGGUCCCGUGGGGGUGGCAGCAGCUGCUGCCAUUGCGUCUGCAAAGAAAAAGAAGCGCCCCCAUUCAUUUGAGACGAAUCCCUCAAUCCGCAAACGACAGCAGAAUCGUCUUCUGCGCAAACUGAGGCAAACGAUCUUUGAAUUUGCCACGAGAGUUGGUCAGCAGGCUAUUGUCUUAGUGGCAACGCCCGGAAAACCAAAUACCAGCUACAAAGUUUUCGGCGCUAAACCACUGGAGGAUGUGGUUAAGAACCUCAAAAGUAUUGUCAUGGAGGAACUGGAGACAGCCCUGGCACAGCAAGCACCACCACCACCGCAGGAAGAUCCAUCGCUCUUUGAGCUUCCACCGCUUAUAAUUGAUGGCAUCCCAACGCCAGUGGAGAAGAUGACGCAGGCUCAGCUACGAGCCUUCAUUCCUCUCAUGCUCAAGUACUCAACGGGUCGUGGAAAGCCAGGCUGGGGGCGAGAAUCCACACGGCCACAGUGGUGGCCGUUGGAGCUGCCCUGGGCCAAUGUUCGUAUGGAUGCACGCACAGAGGAGGAGAAGCAGAAGAUCAGCUGGACUCAUGCAUUGCGCAAGAUUGUCAUUAAUUGCUACAAAUAUCACGGCAGAGAGGACCUCUUGCCGGCAUUCUCCGAAGAAGACGAAAAGGCCAACAUUCUGGCUACGUCCAAUGCCACAACGACUACAGCAUCCAACGUGGGGGUGUUGAAAUUUCACAAUGGGGGCACUGUGACGUCGGCAAGCAAUCAGCAAACCACAAAGAUUCAGAUUCAGUCGCCGACACAGACAAUAGCAAACGCACAGGUUUGCCUAGACCCGUUGGCACUAACAGAUGUGGAUUACACACAAAAUAUGCUACAGACCAUCACAAAUGCCGAUGGAUCAUUGUCAAUAAUCCACGUGGAUCCCAGUAAUUCAAUAAUAACACUUCCAGAUGGAACAACAGCACAAGUCCAAGGAGUUGCGUUGACGACCCAAGGUGAAGGAACCACCGUGCACACAGUUCAGGGUAUUGAGGGUAAUGGACAGACGGAGAAUAUGACGGUUGACCUGACAGAAGCUGGCUUGGGUCAGGAGAAUCAGCUAAUCAUCACAGGGGAAGAUGGUCAAGGGUAUCCGGUGUCUGUGAGUGGCAUGAUUACAGUUCCUGUGUCCUCCAUGUACCAGAUGGUGGCAAAUAUACAGCACCUGCAUCAGAAUGGCGACGGCACUGUGUGCCUCACCCCAAUUCAGGUACCCCAGUCUCAAUUACAUACUAGUCUACGGCAUCUUAGUGGCAAUAAGGUCAUCCAUGCGACCAUCAAUGCUGCUGCCAUGGCAAAGGGUCUCACGGGGCAGACGUCGAGUCUCAUUUAUCAAAUUAAACAAGAGGCCACGGCACCCACAGAGACCCCGAGCAAUAAUAACAACAACAACAAUAAUCACCUCCAGGGCAGUGGCGGCGGCGGCGUCGGUGGUGGUGGUAUCCCCAAUGGGGCGACGGUAUCAGUGUUUGAGCCAAAGGAAGAGCCGGAGGAGAGUAGGUGCAAUAGUAGUGCCAUAGGGCAUACAGAUUCUAGUCAACCACAGGCCAUCAUUGACUCCGAAGGCAAUCUCAUUAUACAAAUGCGCACAGCACCGGCUCCUCCCACCACCACAGCAUCUGCCGCCGUUGCUGCCCAUUCCACCCCCGCGCAACCCAUUAAAGUUGACUUUGAACCCUAAAAAUUCACCUUUCCCACCUCCCAUCCAACAGCUCCAUUUCCUCGCAUUUUAUUUCUUUAUUUUUUUUCUUAAUUAUUUAUUCUUUCCCAGUUGAUUCAGCGUAUUUUUAUAUUUUUUUCUUUGUGGUAGAAAAAAGCACACAGAUUGCGUUAAAUUUGUAAAGAAAAGAAAAGAUUUUUUUUAAAUAUUUUAUGAAGAAAAAAAAAUUUUGCUUUAUAGUGAUUUUUCAACAAAAAAAAGUUUUUUUUCCAUUAGGAAACGUUGCAAUUUAAAAUAAUCUUACAUUGAAGAUUUUUAGAAUGUUUGAAAAUCAAAAACUAAUUACUAUUAGGCCUUAUUCAGCGACCAAGAAACUCUUGAAAUCUUUGAAAUUUGUACUGAAUUUUUUUUUCUAGUCUAGUAUUUUUUUUAAUGAAAACUAGGACUUUCAGUGGAAGAACAGAACCAUUAAAAGAAUUUUAAAAUCACUUAAUUAGGAAGAAAGUUUAAAAAAAAUUAAAUCCAAUCCAAAUUCUUUAAAUUGCAAUGUUCCCUAGUUUAGUAUGGAACCUAUUGUGAGUAUUUUCUUUCAUUUUAUAAAUUUUAUUUCUUUUUCGUUUGUUUUAGUCAGUCGUGUGUGUUCUUUAUGAAUUAUUUUUCUCUUUUUUUAAAUAUUUUUUUCAAUGGAUAAAAAAGUUCUUUAACAUAGAAAAAAAAGAUGAAAAAGAACUAAAUUAAAACAAAUGGCUAAAAAAUCUAUUACCAUUAAUUUAUUUUACAUAGUAUUGAGUAUUUUUCUACCCUUAAUUGUAUUUAAAAAAAAAUACAAAAAAUGAAAAAUAGUUUUAAAGAAAAAUGUGUUUUUCGCAGUAAAAUGGCGUUUUAUUAAUUUUUAUUGCGAGAAUUUCUUUAAAAUUUUCUUAAAACAACGCGGACUUUUUUUUCUUUAGAGAGAAAAAUAAAAUAAUUUGUGCAAUUUUUAAAUCUUGAAAAGAACAAGAGCUUCUAAAAAAAAAGAAUUAAAAAAAGAUUUUUUUUUGUAAAAUUAGUUCUUCAUACCAAAUAAUGCCUAUAUGUGUAUAGAAGCGCAAAAACCAUAGAAAGUACAAGUUUACCUUUUAAUUAUUAAUGUUUUAUUUUUUUACAUUAAAUUCUAGUGAGAAAAUUAUGAUUUAUGUAUAAAUGAUUAUUUUAUUUAUUUUGCAAACUUUAUUUAUUUUAUUUUUUUUCAUUUUAUCACCACAAAUCUCCAUUAUUACAAUAUUAGUUUAUACCAAAAAUUAAAAAAAAUGAAGGAAGAAGAUAAAAUUAGUGAGAGUUUAUACGUUUUAUGUCGAGGUGAAUGUUUUACGGAAGAAUUUUAUGUUUUAAUUGAAAAAUUCUCUUGUCAUUUAACAAUUUUUUUGUGGAUAAUCUAAAGAACACAAAAGAAUUAAAUCUUAAAAAUAAGAGAGAAAGAAAACGCAUGGUCUUAAAUUUAAAUAAAAAUUCAUAGGAGAACAAAAGGAGAGAAAGCAUUGCAAUCUUAUUGCACUAAUUUAAUCACUCGAAAGCCAAAAUCUUUGUGAUUUCAGAGAACCUCUAUUAUUAUUAUUUUUUAGCUUUUUUUAAUUUGCAGCGUAGUUGGAGAUAUUUUAUUUUAUUUUUAAAAUUCUAUUUAAUUUCGCAUUGUGCAUAGAACCUUUUUUUUGUCACAGAGUAGAUUUGUGCGUGAGUGAUGAGAAAUUUCUUUUAUUUAGAGAAGAAUUUUGUGAGUUUUUUGUGUGUGAGAAAAAUUUGCAAAGAAAAAAAAGAAGGAAAUCUUCAAUUUAGUCAGAUAAAAGAAAGAAAAUCAACGACAAAAAUAUUAAUUUAUUAAAACAAAACAAAGUCCCAUUUUACUUAAAAAGUAAAAGAAAUGAAAGAAAUGAAUUUGAUUUAGAAUGUAGGUUAUUAAUUUAAAAAAAAAUAAAAUUAGGAGAAUGUUUCGCAAAUUUAUCCGAUAAUUAUAAAUUUGUUUAAUCUGAUGAAUUUUGUGGCAUUUUUUUCAAUAUUUUUAAUCAAAUUUUGUGUAAUAUUUGUUUUUCUAAUUAUUAUUUCUUCUUAACAAUUUAUAAAAAGAAAAAUUAAUCCAAACAAAUAAGAAAGUCAAAUGACAGUGAUCUCUUUAUUUUAUUAUUUUUAUUUUGUAUUAGUCAAUUCAGUAAUUUUUAAUUUCUUUGCUGUAUUUUUUUUUUUAUUUUGUAAAAAUCCCUAUAUUAGUUGGACUGAAAGAAAAGAAAAAGCAUAAGAAAAAAAAUCAAAUUAAUGCCACACAAGCCAUAGAUUUGCCUAUCGUCAUUGUGUUAAAACAAACAAGUAGUUUGUAGUUUAAUUUUUAAUUUUAUUUUCGCUUUAAAAGAAGGAAAGAUAAACUUUUCCCCAGUGAAGGAGAAACUUUAAUUUUUUAUGUGUAAAGAAAAAUUCAUCGAUGUUGUAUUUUAGAAUAAAAGAAAAACAUCUCUUUGUGUCCUUUUAA